AUGAAUGAGUUCUUAUUGCUUCUGUGUCUCGUCUCUUUGGGAUACAGUGAGGAAAUAAAUAUCAAACUGGUAGAUAACUGGCCCAAUGGUUUCAAAAUGAAGAUUAGCCAUAUUAUGUCUCAGAGUGUAAUAGGAGGGUGGAAGAUGUCACUCAAGUUUUCAAAGCCGAUAGGGCAGCUUCAAGCUCCCAAUGCUCGUCGGUUGUCUUCUGCUCAGGGUAAUAGCGUUUUCUGUUUAAGGAAUCAGCAGUACAAUGGGAAUCUCAAGGCUGGAUCUAAAUUGAAAAUGGAAUUUAUUGGGGAAAAGGCGAAAAACAAUGAAGCUGCUCCUUCCGCAACUCUAGAAUUUCACCCGGGAAGAAACGCCAAAUGCGACAUGUCCCCAUUCCCAACAGUAAUCCCACCGGGAGCGACUCCCCCAGUUCAAGAAAAUUCCACUGCAAGAUUGAUUGAAGAAUGGCCGAAUGGAUUUAAAAUGAAAAUUAGUAUUCUUAUGCAGCAGAAGGUCGAGGGAGGCUGGGUGAUGACACUAACGUUCCCCAUUGCUGUGAGGGCGCUUCAAACGCCAAAAGCGUUCAAGAAAUGGCGAUCCAGUGAUCGCAAGGUAUACAUCCUGGAAAACAGACCCUAUAACGCCAAUCUUGAUAAAUGUUCAAGGCUUGAGAUGAUCAUUAUUGGAAGGAAACAAAUGAAUUCUGACCCGCCGAGUGAAGCCACGAUCGAGUUUCGCCGGAAAGAGAGCUGGAUUGGAGGAGGUGAGGGAGGAUGUACUUUUAGUACUACCCAACCACCAACCACCACAGAAGAACCAGGGACAUCAAUGCCACCAGUUACCGCAGAACCACCUACUAGCACAGAACCACCAACUACCACCAAACCAACAACCAUAGAGCCAGUGACAGCCACAGAGCCACCAACUACCAUAGAACCAACAACUACCAAUGGACCAACAACUGUCACAGAGCCACCAACCACUAAAGAGCCAGAUACCACAGAGCAACCGGCUACCAACGGACCAACAACUAUCACCGAGCCUCCAGCAACCACAGAACCCCCAACUACCAACUUACCAACAACUGGCACAGAGCCACCAACUGCCACCGAAUCACCAACCACUAAAGAAGUAACCACCGAAAAACCACUAGCUACCACAGAGUCACCAUCUACGAAAGUACCUUCAACCACCACAGAACAACCAACUGAGCUACCCACUACGAAUAAACCCAGCAGUGCUCCCCCGCCAUUUGAUUAUGACGUAGUACUUCACGAUUCCAUUUUGUUUUACGAAGCUCAACGAUCAGGUAAACUUCCUUCCUCCAACCGAGUUCCCUGGCGGAAAGACUCAGCACUCGGUGACCGCGGUGAUAAUGGCGAGGACCUGACUGGUGGCUGGUAUGAUGCAGGAGAUCACGUAAAGUUUGGGUUCCCGAUGGCGUUUAGUGUUACUAUGUUGUCUUGGGGCUUAGUGGAGUAUAGAGAUGCUUAUGAAGAUGCUGGAGAGUUGAGUUACAUGUUGGACUCCAUUAAGUGGCCCUUGGACUAUUUUAUGAAAGCACACACGAAACAAGAUGAGUUCUAUGGACAGGUAAGACCGGGCAGGUACUGAUUAUUUAAUUAGUAUCCAAGUGAUGCCCAUGAUAAUGUAAAAAACUAACCAUUUUAACCAACCUACGGUAAGUUUUCCUGGAAACUAAUCUCAAGCCUUGUCUUAUCAUUUGACCAAUUGUCUAUAAGGUUGGUGAUGGCAAUGCUGAUCAUGGUUACUGGGGCAGACCAGAGGACAUGACUAUGAGAAGACCAGCCUGGAAGAUCACUCCUCAGAAACCAGGAUCAGACCUGGCCGCUGAGACAGCUGCAGCCCUUGCUGCGGCUUCAAUCGCUUUCCGAUCCACAGACAUCAGCUAUUCAAUGAGACUUCUUCAGCACGCUGCUGAACUUUAUGACUUUGCAGACAAAAACCGUGGGCUGUACAGUGAUUCCAUUCCUAAUGCAGCCAGCUUUUACCGCUCGCACAGUGGAUAUAAAGACGAACUCGUCUGGGGUGCAGCUUGGCUGUACAAGUAAGGAACCUUGAUUAUUUGUGAGAUUGUGUCUUUUUUAACAACUAUAGUAGGAGUUGAUCCGUAAGUGAGAGAUACAUUAUAAACAUUGUUGGCUUAUUUUUGCCAACAGCUGGGCAAAUUGUCUAACUGAGUCACUGGUAAACCACAUAUAUGUAUCAAUAAAAUACUUUUAUAGUGAAUCGAUUUGUUCGCUCCUAAUAUUACCAGGCGUAUGUUAUAUUGAGCGUCAUACGAGGAUUUUAUUCCAGGGAGUUUGUGAAGAAGUUGACUAUUGCAAUGAAAUGCGAACGCGUUGGUUAACAUGUCUUUCGAAAUCAUUUUAGCACAGCUCUUUUUCCUCCUCAGAGCUACCCAAGAUCAAAAGUAUCUCUCUAAGGCCGAACAGUACUACAAUGAUUUUGCCAUGAAUGGAAAACCUUGGGCGUUUUCAUGGGAUGACAAAAAAGGCGGCGUUCAGGUCCUCUUGGCUACAAUCACAAACAAAGCUUCGUACAAACAAGCUGUGGAUACUUUUAUAACGAGUUGGCUUCCCGGACACGAAGUCCACUACACUCCGAAAGGCCUCGCCUGGCGUGAUCAGUGGGGUCCAAACCGCUACUCGGCCAACACUGCCUUUUUGGCCCUAGUCGCCGCUGACCAUGGAAUAAGACCGACUGCGUUCCGCAACUUCGCAAAGCAACAAAUUCACUACAUGUUGGGUGAUAGCGACCGCAGUUUUGUGGUAGGGUUCGGUACCAACCCACCAGAAAGGCCUCACCAUCGCAGCAGUUCUUGCCCAUUGUCUCCCGUCCCUUGCAGUUGGAAUGACUUUAACAAGCCAGACCCCAACCCGCAAAUUUUGUACGGUGCUUUAGUUGGAGGCCCGGGUAAGAAUGACGAGUACAAAGAUGACAGAACAGAUUUUAUCAAGAAUGAGGUGGCCACGGAUUACAAUGCUGGAUUUCAGUCGGCCGUGGCUGGACUGAAACAUUUGUCAUUGACAGGGAAGCUAUAA